CUUCCGUGUUGGGGUUUUCUACUUUCUGCCGGGAGGCGACGUGCGUCUGAGGGGACUGUGGUUCCGCCGAAGGAAAAGCCCUCCGUUCAUCUCCCUGCGGACUGUUUCCAGUCGUAAGAUGAGUUUUCACGGACUUCUGUCGGUGGGCGUCGUGUUGAUCUGCUGCCUCUCUCUGUGUUUGUCCGCGGCGGAAGACCGAAGCACCACGGCGGCGCUGCGAUCCGCCGCCGCCGCCACUGCCAACAGCUCCUCGUCCGGCGUGGUGACCAACUCCACGCACGGCAACGGAAAGGGUCUGUUUAACGACAUUAAUGUGAACAGCUCCAUGAUCCAGAGGGCCCUGUACGUCCUCAUCGGCUUCACCAUGAUCGGAGUGCUCUACUUUCUCGUCCGGGCUGUACGGCUGAAGAAACCCGUCCACAGGAAGAAGUACGGUCUGCUGGCUGAAUACGAAGACUCAGUGGAGAUGGACGCCAUGGAGAGCGACGAGGACGACACGCUGUACGAAGCUCGCAGCCUGCGCAGAUGAGUCUUCGUCCCUCCGGCGGAUCGCGGCCGGCCCCUGGACGGGAGAAGGCCGGCACACGGACCAAUGACUGCAAACAAGCCAACGGUGUGUCUUUGCCAAAGCGUGGAGCUGCCGACGAGGAGCAGCGGGACUCGGGAGGGGUUUUUGUACGGGUGCUGUCGGAGUCACUGUGCCAUGACUCGUCUUGUUGGCCAAAUGUUUUUCCUCUGUUGAUUCUUUUGUUCCCUCCUCUCCUCGCUGAGAGUUUCUUGCGUUGGUUUCCACUCCGAGUCGCCCCGCGAGCUGCGCACAUCGGGACCUUGUCCUCCCGACGGUCUUGGACCAGCAGCUGGGAAGAACUCACCACUUUUGAUUCACUCCCUGCUGGAAGGUGAAAACGACGAAUGUGAUUUAUGUUCACCUCCGCGCUGCACCUGAAGGACGAAACCAAAAAUUGUACUUUGAUUAAAAAAAGAGAAAACUUGA